AUGGAGAAAUUUUGUAAUUCAGAAGUCACGACCAAUGAAAAACUGAACGAUUUGAGUGUGAAACUGCUCGAGGUCAAAGAAUCACAGAAGCAAACUGCUACAAACCUGACAGAAUUAACUACAAAUUUUAGAAAAAAUACUGAGUCAAUUGCUGCUAUCAGCUUAGAUCUUUUGAAUUUGAAAGAAACGCGAAAAUCUGAUUUGGAGCAAAUUUCUAAAAGACUAUCUAAUAUAGAGAAAUCAGCACCUGUAUCGUCUGUUCCUCAGCAAGUUUUGGGUAGCACUUCUGAACUGGUGAUUUCAGGUAUUCCUGAUGCAGUUGCAAAUCAUUUAACACCAGGUGAUAUUUCAGCUGAAGUGUUGAAAAGUCUAGAGUUGCCAAAUCUGAUUGGUAGUGUCUUGAAUGCUCGUAAAUUUGAAAAUAAAAAUAAGCAAUUGCGAAAUCAGAAUACAUCUACUACUCACUCUUAUAUUAUCUCAUUGAUGUCAACUCCUGCUCGUGAUUUCAUCGUCGAUAAGAAGCGCAAGUUAGGAAAUCUUUUAGCAAAAAAAGUUUUUCCUGUACAAGUUGAUGAGGCUUUUAAAGGUUCUAUCUACGUUAAUGAAUUUUUGCUUCCUGAGACUUAUCGAUUGCUACUGAAAACCAAAGAAAAGGCGAAAAAUAGAAAUUUCAAAUUUGUCUGGGCUAAAUGUGGGCAAAUUUUUGUUAAGAAGGAUGAGGAUUCAGAAAGGCUUAUUUUAAAUCAUGAAUCUGAUCUCGCAAAGCUUGAUUAA